AUGGGGCUCCGGGCGACAAGCCUGUGGCUUUCUCUACAACAGAGCAGGGCAGCGAUCCCGUACAGAGCGGGCCGGCUGCCGGCGUGGCCGCGGCGGUCCGAGCAGGCCGAGGCCGAGGGUGCGGGCGGCCAGGAGGGCGCGCCGGCGAGAGGCGACGGCGGGGAGGCAUUGAGGCGGGCGGUGGCGGAGAGCCCGGCGCUGGUGGUGGGGAGGCGCGGGUGCUGCCUCAGCCACGUGGUGAAGCGGCUGCUGCAGGGGCUCGGGGUGAACCCCGCCGUGCACGAGGUCGCCGACGAGGCCAAGCUCGCCACCGCGGUCACCGGGGACGAGGCCGUCGUCGCUCUGCCCGCGGUGUUCGUGGGCGGGCGGCUCCUCGGCGGGCUAGACCGGCUCAUGGCCGUCCACAUCUCCGGCGAGCUCGUGCCCAUACUCAAGGACGCCGGCGCGCUCUAG